CGUUUCCAUUGGUUCUAAAGCAAAAUCAAUUGAAUGAUGUUAUUUCUGGAAUAAUAUAGGUUAUCUCCUUGUCCUUGCAACCCAAACUUGCUCCCUAUGCUUUUUAUUAAAGCAGAUAAAUCAAUUUCUCUUCCAAUUUUUUUCAUGCCAAUUUUAUAUAUGUUCUUCAUUAUAAGCAAGAGCUAGCUUUUGCUAGACUCGACCGAAGAUGCACAUGCACCCAGUCGUUGGGCCUCCAUAUAUGUUCUUUUCCACUUUAUCAAACACAUGAAAGCAGCUUCUUUUCUUUACUUAGUUGGGAUUUGAUCCCUGUCGUGUCUUGCGUUGCAUUUUCAUUUGUCAAACUCGGCUACAUAUCUAAAUUGGCGCGCGAUCCCUUUCAUUCUGAUGUUUUCGUUAUCUAGGUACUCCAAGAACAUCAAGAUAUGGUAAACUCUUGGUUAAAAAGCAAGUUCUACUCCAAAUUGGUAAUAAUGACAAUUCAGCAACGCGCUCACUUUUUUCUGAGGUGGGAAGUGGGAUUCUCAGUUCUUUCGCUAUUAUUUCUACUCAUAUACUUCUGGUACAGCAAAUUCACAGUCAGGCAGAAAAAGGCUCGAAUCGAAAUGGUAAAAGAGAAGGGGAAUCCAAAACAUAAAUAUUCGAAGAAUGACACAGCGGACCUCUUUAUAAAUGGAUUGGAUGGCAGCACAAACAGCAUGGCAAUUCCAGAGGCACAUCGAAUGGGUCACGUGAGCUCGAAAUCGGAUUCCUCAUCCGGCGAUUCCGCUGACGGCGGCUCGAAACCGUCGCGGAUGAGAAGACUCGGUCGACGGCUUCACCUGCACAGUCACCAUUUCCGUCGCCGUAGUCGUGCUCACACCACUGGUUCACAUUCUCAUACCACUAAAAUCCUAAAGGAGGAAGAUUUUGCUGGCAUCGCUCUCAUCCGGAUCAUCAGUGCAGAGAUGAAGUUCAAGGACAAAUGGCUAGUUUGUAUUUCUCUUGGUGAACAAACUUUUCGCACCCAUGUGUCUGAUCAAACUGACAAGCCGACCUGGAACUCAGAAAAAAAGCUUCUUUUGGAAAGACAUGGAGCCCAUAUUGCAAGAAUAUCUGUUUUUGAGACCAACAGGCUUUCCAAGAACAAUCUGAUUGGUUACUGUGAGAUAGAUCUACUUGAAUUCCUUUCUCAGGAUUCCAGUUCUGAUACUGAGGUUUUUGACUUGUUAGACCCAUCAUCCUCAUCAACUGUUGGCCGUAUAUCUAUUUCAUGUUGCAUCGAGGACCCUGUUGACACUGAGAAAAGCUUUGUUCGGCGCAUCUUAUCUAUAGUGGACUAUAAUGAAGAUGGAGAGCUGUCAUUGGCUGAGUUCUCUGAUCUGAUUGCUGCGUUUGGAAAUAAGCUGGCAGCUGAGAGGGUUCGCACCUGUAGAAAAGAGGAGCUAUUCAAACAGGCUGACAGAAAUGGGGAUGGUGUUGUCUGCUUGGAUGAGCUAGCCACCCUUCUGGCUAUACAGCAUGAAAAGGAACCACUAAUCAAUUGCUGUCCAGUUUGUGGCCAAGUUCUUGAAGUUUCGGAUGGGUUGAACAGCAUGAUUCAUAUGACCUUGUGUUUUGAUGAGGGGACUGGGCAUCAGGUUAUGACAGGAGGCUUCCUGACUGAGAAGGAGGCUUCAAGUGGAUGGAUGUUCAAACUGAGUGAAUGGGCCCAUUUCUCAACUUAUGAUAUCGGUUUAAGGUCUGGUUCAAGUGCAUCACAUAUCUUGGUUUAUGAUCGCAGAAAGAAAAGGCUAGUGGAGGAAAUAAUUGAUCGGAAGAUUGUCUUGUCAAUGAGGGCUAUCUAUCAGUCUAAAUUUGGCCUUGGCCUUAUGGAUAAUGGCGCAAAAGAAAUCUUGCGGAGCCUCUCUGAAAAACAGGGCAAGAAAAUGGAUUCUGCUGAAUCUGCUAAAGAAAUACCUAACUUCAUUGAAUUUUUUAAGGGUCAAAUAAAUAUGGAUGAAGUCAAGUAUCCGUUGGAGCAAUUUAAGACAUUCAACGAAUUUUUCAUUAGAGAGUUGAAGCCUGGUGCAAGACCUAUUGCUUUUAUAGAACGUGAUGAUAUUGCUGUAUGUGCUGCUGAUUGCCGUCUGAUGGUAUUCAACAGUGUUGCUGAUAGUAUAAGAUUUUGGAUCAAGGGUCGAAAGUUUUCCAUCCAAGGUCUUCUGGGGAAUGAAGCAUGUUCCAGUGCAUUUGUCAAUGGAGCUCUAGUGAUAUUUCGCUUGGCACCACAGGACUAUCAUCGUUUCCACUUUCCCGUCUCUGGAACUAUUGAGAAAUUUAUUGAAAUACCUGGAUGCCUAUAUACGGUGAAUCCUAUUGCUGUGAAUAGCAAAUACUGCAAUGUUUUCACAGAGAAUAAGAGGGUUGUGUCUAUAAUUUCCACAGAAUACUUCGGGAAGGUUGCAUUUGUUGCAAUUGGAGCAACAAUGGUUGGCAGCAUUAAUUUCUCCAGAAAGGAGGGUGACUAUGUUAAGAAAGGGGAUGAGUUUGGAUAUUUUUCUUUUGGUGGAAGUACUGUAAUUUGUGUCUUUGAAAAGGAUUCCAUAAAGAUAGACGAGGAUCUCUUGGAAAAUAGUGCAAGAUCACUUGAGACCUUGGUAUCUGUAGGAAUGCAGUUGGGUCUCUCCGUAAAGAAGCAGGAUUAACAUGAAGCUGCCAAGUUUCAGAAACCUUUCAUUAUGAGCUUGAUAUGUUCACCAACUGUGUAGAGAUUAGUCCUAGAUGAUUGCAAAAAUGAUUUAAGCUGAUUACUGUGCACAAUUUGUUUGGGACUGAGGCAUAGUUGUUGUUGUUGUUUUACUGUGCACAGUUUGUAACUUUUAGGUCUGUCUUCUAAAUUAUGUGUUAUCAUUCCUCAUGAAGAAUUAGCAUUUGCUAUCAUUCA